ACCCGAUAAGCUCGCUACUUUUGGGCAGAUUUGAGCAGGACAUUUGAUAUUAAGACCCGUCCUGGCCAGACCCAAAUUUAUGAUCACCUCUAAUAUAUUAUAAUUUUCUGACAAAAUUAUGAUUUUAUAUUAUGCUUAAUCCCUUAUAAAUUAUAAUAGAAAGGGGUUAAUGGGUUAUAGAAAGUCGUCAAAGUCAAAGCGAUAAACUACGAAGCACACUUGAAUUUCAAAUGAAGAUAAAUCUCCCGUGAAAAAAAAAAUAAAAAAAAAUAAAUCUUCAUCUUUUUCUUCCCCUUUGGAGUUUUUCACUUCAGUCAUCCCCUCUCUCACUUUACUCCAUUUGAAGCGCGCACUCUAAAUUCUCCAUUGAAGCGGCUUUUUCUACUUCAUCGAAGAAGUAGAUUCUGAGGCAACCUAAACAAGAGAUGAAUGGGGGUUCGUCCACACACCGAGAACUCGAACGCCAGAUUGGUGCAAUCAAGGCUGUUUCUGAAAUGGAAGUUGAACAUCUCCUUACUGAGCUGCAAUUGAUUCGUUCAUAUUUUAAUGAGGAACAAUUGCAAAAACCUGCCCUGGAGUUUUUUAGGGAGAAUCUUCCUAAUGUUUCAGUAGUUAGAAAUGAUGAGGAUGAGCAUUUUGAUCUAAGAUGGAAAGAUGAUGAUGGUAAUUUGUCCAUGUAUAACCCUAGUGGUAGAGAUAUUCAUGCCUCCCUUUUCCAACACAUGGGUAUGGCUUAUCCUGCCUGUUCUGAUGCGAGGCAGUCUUUUGGUGGAUUUCAGUUUUCGGGCAAGGCUCUGAAAAGCCUUGUGGGUGUUGAUGAUCUGCAGAUGGGGACAUACUUGACUCAAGAGUCACUUAAUAACAUGAUGCUUGGGAUACCAGAUGGUCUUCAAACUCCUGGGGCUGAAAGCCAGAGAUUGUCUGUGGGGAUGACACCUAAAACCCGUAGAUUGCCUAAACAUGGAGAGAUGCUUCUUUCUGUACAUGGGUCCCCCCUCGGUGUCUACAAAGAAGAUAACAUGGAAGCUAUACGCGAGUCAGAAGAAGGCUGACUUAUAUAUGUUCUUUGUUCUUCAUCCAGAAGAUAUAGAAAUGCUUUUUGUUACUACUGGAAGUUGUGCUUUCCAGCAUUGACAUAAAGCAGCACUAAUCUCCUAAUAUGGCUCUGCAAUGAAGUUUUCAGUUUAUUUACAAUUUGUCAAUGAAUUUAUUCAUCCAAUGCUUGAUUGUAAAAAAUAUAUCCUAAGCAGGUCUAGUUCUGUAAUCCACCUUAAGUGUUGUAAUAGUGUAUGGUACUAUGGUAUACUUUGUAUCCGUUCAGAUCAAUGAAUCAAGUUUUUUCCUCUGCUA